ACAUUGGCCAGGUUGGUCUGUGAACUCCUGACCUUAUGAUCCGCCCGCCUCGGCCUCCCAAAGUGCUGGGAUUACAGGCGUCAGUCACCACUCCGCACCUCCUAGUCCCGAUUUUCAAAGGUAUGACGCAUGUGUCCGGUUCCCGGGGAGGGCCGUCGAGCCGUCGCGCCGUCGCGCCACAUACGUCACACGCUAUUCGGAAAGCGUUGCUGCGUAAACGGCGGGGGCGUGUCUUUUGGCUCCUCCGCGUGUAGUUACCUGAGAAACGCGGGAAGUUGGGGCCACGGACUGUUGCUCCGGUUGUCUAAGUUGUUUUAUUAUUUCUGGAGAGAGCCGUAAGCUUGUGUGGGAUCUCAAAUCCUGAGGCCGACUCGGUUUCUGGCGCGGUGUGAUGGAGGUAGUGGAGGCCGCCGUCGCUCAGCUGGAAACUCUGAAAUUCAAUGGCACCGAUUUCGGAGUUGGCGAAGGUCCGGCGGCGACGUCUCCGGGCUCUGCCCCUGCGCCAGGGACACAGCCGCCGCUACAGUCGUUUGAGGGGUCCCCGGACACUGGGCAGACCGUGGAGGUUAAGACUGCCGGUGAGCAGCCUCUGCAGGCCGUUCUGAACGCAGUAGCGGCCGGGACCCCAGCGUCGCAGCCGCAGCCGCCGCCGCCAGCGGAAUCGCCGGCCUGCGGAGGCUGGGUCACCUCUCCAGGAGCCAAAGAGCCUGCGCGGGCCCCGAACUCCUUGGAGACCUCGGACUCGGAUUCGGAUUCGGACUCGGACAGUGAAACAGAUUCAGAUAGUUCAAGCUCAUCAUCUUCCUCCUCCUCUUCCUCAUCGUCAUCUUCUUCCUCUUGUAUAUCACUUCCUCCAGUGCUGUCAGAUGGAGAUGAUGACUUACAAGUUGAGAAGGAAAAUAAGAAUUUUCCUCUUAAAACAAAAGAUGAAUUACUUCUUAAUGAACUGCCUUCUGUUGAAGAACUCACUAUUAUUCUGCCUGAAGAUAUUGAGUUAAAGCCUCUUGGGAUGGUUUCAAGUAUUAUCGAACAACUAGUGAUAAUUGAAUCUAUGACUAACCUACCUCCAGUUAAUGAGGAGACUGUAAUUUUUAAAAGUGAUCGACAAGCAGCAGGAAAGAUAUUUGAGAUAUUUGGACCUGUUGCACAUCCAUUUUAUGUGUUACGGUUUAAUUCUUCAGAUCACAUUGAGAGUAAAGGUAUUAAAAUAAAGGAGACUAUGUAUUUUGCUCCAUCAAUGAAAGAUUUCACCCAAUAUAUAUUCACAGAAAAACUUAAACAGGAUAAGGGAUCAGAUGCAUCGUGGAAGAAUGAUCAGGAACCACCACCAGAGGCCUUAGAUUUCAGUGAUGAUGAAAAAGAAAAAGAAGCCAAACAGAGGAAAAAAUCUCAGAUUCAAGGCCGGAAAAAACUCAAAUCUGAAUUUAAUGAGCCAGGUGAAGAUUUUGCUGAAGUACAUCAGAAUUGGAAUGCUCACUCUACUUCAGAGCAUGCAAAAGGAUAUCGUAACAGAGAAUUCACACGAGGAUUUUCCAGGGGCAGAUACCCUCGAUCUUGCCAUGGCAGGCCUCCACCUCAGCAUUUCUAUAAUUCAGAACAUAUGGUAUCUCAGGAGACUUCAGGAUUUCCUUCUCAGAGACAAGAUAAUCCCAUUAUGCCACAGUACCCCUUUCCUCUUCCAGUGUUUGAUGUGCAUAAUUUUCCACUCCGCUCUCCACCCCCACCACCACCCCCACCUGUAAACAUGAGUUGGGCUACACCAAACAUGGCAGCUCAUCCAUUACUUAACUUACCAUACUCCCUACCCCCACCCCCUCCCCCUCCACCGCUGCCUCCUCCACCCUCCUCUGGAGAUAGUAAUUCUCAUUUUGGACCUUACUAUUAGGUGACUAUGCAUUUCCAGAGAAAUGUGGACUUUUCAUAUUAUGUGGUAAGGAUUUUUUUGUUUUUUUAAAGAGUGAUUAUGGAGCUAGAUUUUUAGAAAAACUGUAAAAUAGUAAAUGAUUCCUUCUAUUGUAAGUUGAUAUAUAUUUGUAACCUUUGUGAAAUUGUAUUCAUAUGAAAAUGUCAGCUCAGAUUCUUGGGGGAACAUUAAAUUAUGUAAUAUUUAAUUAAAAUUUUGAAUUCAUGCCUCUCCCUCCCAACCCCACCCAAUUAAACUAUGUAUAUAGUAAUGGAUAUGGGACAAGUUUCAUCAUGGGUAAAAUACAUGGAACACAUUGAUUUUCUUGCUGUAAUAUGAAUAUAAGAUGUUGAAGUCCUUUUGAGAGUCUUUAAACUAUUUUUAUAAAUUUAUACUUUGGAAAUCAAUUUUAAUUACAAAUGUAAUUUGUGAGUAAAUUUAAAUGACCAUAAUUUUUCUUUUUAAAACAGUUGAAGGGUAUAGAGGAGAAAAUUCUUAUAUAUUGGUAGAAGCUCUGAUUAUAGCUAAAGUAAAAAAUAUUUAUUAUGCAUAGGCAAGCUUCCAUUAUCUGUGCAAAAUAUUUCCUUUAUUUGGGCACUGUUCAGAAGACUUUACUAUUUAACCUCCUAAAAGGGAUGUAAAGAUUAUUCACAAUAAGAUCUAUUUAGGGAUUUUGUCUUCCAUAUUUGUUUUCCAGAUCCUUACAUGCAGACUAGGUUCAGUAAAUAACAAAUAUUUAUUGAAUAUCUGAAUUUAGAGUUUUUAAUUAAAUGAGUAAUGACUACUGCUUUAUAUUAUGAAGUGUCAACGUAAGGGAAAUUACGGGUUUUAGAACUAGAAAAGACCAUUGAAAUACUCUAGUUUUCAUUUAGUAAAUGAGGAGUCUAAGUGUCCCAAAGAGGUUAAAGUAAUUUAAGAUCACUCAGCUAGUGAGUUGACAAGGAGUUGAACCUAGUUCUUCUGGUUUUCUGAUUAGCAAUUUCCACUAAUUAGAUGUUUCCCAAUCUUAACGUUCCUUUACACACUUAGGAAACAGUGUUUAUAUGGCACAUUGGAGUAAUCUGGAAACCACUUAACACAAGCCCAUGCACUCUGGUUGCACUGAGGCCCCACUUUUCUUUCUCAUGAGCUGAGGGGACUCUUUCAGCAUUCCUUGUACACAAGUUGAGAGGCUCUGCCUUGGUAUACAUUAACUUUGUCAUGUGAAUACUUUCUUCAUUAUUUUUUAAAAUAUUUUUGCAACUUCUCUUCAGGAGUUACCUUCACAGGUUAUAGCACAGUCUUUUUAUGAUUGUUAGAAUAUUGUUAAGAGUUUAUGAGAUGAUAUCUAAAAGCACUAAAAGAAAAACCCAAAUCCUUUUCCACAAGAAUGGGAACAGUAACAUGUUAUUUUUAGUCAUCAAGCUGUUCUGAUCAUCAUGGCAUUUAAAAACCUGUCCAUUUCGGCUGGGUGCAGUGGCUCAUGCCUAUAAUCCCAGCACUUCGGGAGGCCGAGGUGGGCGGAUCACCUGAGGUCAGAAGUUCGAGACCAGCCUGGCCAACAUGGUGACACCACGCCUCUACUAAAAAUACAAAAAUCAGCCGAGCUUGGUGGCACGUGCCUGUAAUCCCAGCACUCGGGAGGCUGAGACAGGAGAAUUGUUUGAACCUGGGAGGCAGAGGUUGCAGUAAGCCGAGAUCACACCAUUGCACUCCAGCCUGGGUGGCAGAGCAAGACUCCAUCUCAAAGUAAAAAUCUGUCCAUUUCUUUACCUCAAGUACAGGUAUAUCUCACAGAUACUGUGGUCUCAGAUCCAGACCACUGCGGUCAAAUAAGUCACACAAAGUUUUUGGUUUCCAAAUGCAUAUAAAAGUUAUGUUUACACGCUACUGUAGUUUAUUAAGUAUACAAUAGCAUUGUGCCUAAAAAAACCAAUGUGCAUAUCUCAAUUUAAGAGUACUUUACUGCUCAAAAAAUAAUAAUGACCCUCUGAGCCUGCAGUGAGUCAUAAUCUUUUAGCUGGUGGAGGGUCUGGCCUCAAGUGUUGUUGGCCACUGACUGAUCAGGGUAGUGGUUGCUAAAGGUGGCAGUUUCUCCUAAUAGACAGCAGUGAAGUUUGCUAUGUUAAUUAGCUCUUCCUUUCACCAAAGAUUUCUGUGUAGCAUGUGAUGCUACUUGAUAGCAUUUUAUUCUCCGUAAAACUUUGAAAUUUGGGAUCAAGUCCUCUCAAACUCUGCUACUGCCUUAUCAACUAAGAAGGUUAUGUAACAUUCUAAGUCCUUUGUUAUCAUUUCAACAGUGUUCAUAGCAUCUUCACCACGAGUAGCUUUUACUUGAGAAACCUCAUUUUUACUCAUGCAUAAGAAGUAACUCCUCAUCUGUUCAAGUUUUUUCAUAAGAUUGCAGCAAUUCAGUCACGUCUUUAGGUUCCACUUCUAAUUCUAGUUCUCUUCCUAUUUCUACCACAUCUUCAGUUACUUCCUCCCAUGAAGUCUUAAACACCUCAAAAUUAUUCAUGAGGGUUGGAAUCAACUUCUCCCACACUCCUGUUAAUAUUGAUAUUUUGACCCCCUCUCAUGAAUCAUCAGUGUAGUUAAUGACAUCUUAAAUGGUGAAUCCUUUACAGAAGAUUUCCAGUUUACUUUGCCCAAAUCCAUCAGGAAUCACUAUGACAGCUAUAGCCUUACAAAAAAUAUGCUUAUAUAGUAAGACUUGAAAGUCAAAACUAUUCCUUGAUCCAUGGGCUAUGGAAUAGAUGUGUUAGCAGGCAUUAAAAAAAUUCAACUCCUUGUACAUCUCCAUUGGAGUUCUUGGGUGACCAGGUGCAUUGUUAAUGAUCAGCAACAUUUCGAAAGAAAUCUUUUACUGAAUGGUGGACUUAAAAUCUUUAGUAAACCAUGAUAUUAAAAGAUGUGCUGUCAUCCAGGCAUAGUUUUUGUAUCUGUAGAGCACAGGCAGAGUAGAUGUAGCAAAAUUCUUAAGGACCCUAGGAUUUUUGGAAUUGUAAAUGAGCAUUGGCUUCAACUUAAAAUUACCAGCUGCAGUACUCCUAACAAGAUAGCCUGUCCUUUGAAGUUUAGAAGCCAGGCAUUGAUUCCUGCUCUGCGGCUGUGAAAAUCCUAGAUGGCAUCUUCUUUGAAUAUAAGGCUAUUUUAUGUACACUGAAAAUCUGUUGUUUGGUGUUUAGUGUAUCCACCUUAUCUAGAUCUUCUGGAUAACUUGCAGCUUCAUUUUGUACUUUUAUGUUAUGGAGAUGGCUUAUUUCCUUAAACCUCAUGAGCCAACAUCUGCUAGCUUCCCACUGGGAGAGAAACUGCAGUUUUUCUCAGCCUUCAUAGAAUUGAAGAGAGUUAGGGCCCGCUCUGGAUUAGGCUUUGGCUUAAGGGAAUGUUGUAACUGGUUUGAUCUUUUAUCCAGACCACUUAAACUUAUUCCAUAUCUGCUGUAAAGCUGUUUUGCUUUCUUAUUCCUGUGUUCACUGGAGUAGUACUUUUAGUUUCUUUUAAGAACUUUUUCUUCGCAUUCACAAUUUGGCUGUUUGGCACAAGAGGCCUAGCUUUUAGUUUGCCUCAGCUUUCAACAUGCUGUCCUCAGUAAGCUUAAUCAUUUCUAACUUUUGUUGUAAAGUGAGAGACGUACAACUCUUCCUUUCACUUGAACACUUAGAGGUCAUUUUAUGGCCAGUAAUUGGUUUUAUUCCAGUGUUGUUGUUUCACGAAAUAGGAAGGCCUGAGGAGAGAGAAAAGGAAACAGCAGAUAUGUGGAGCAGUCAGAACAUACACAUGUAUCCAUUAAGUUCGCUACAUUAUAUGGGCAUAGUUCGUGGUGCCUCCAAAACAAUAGUAACAUCAAAGAUCACUGAUUGAGAUCACUAUAACACAAAUAACAAUUAUGAAAAAGUUCAGAAUAUUGGGAGAAUUACCAGAAUGUGACAGUAUACAUGAAGUGAGCAUAUGCUGUUGGGAAAAAUGGAGUUGAUAUACUUGCUAGAUGUGGGAUUGCUACAAACCUUCGAUUUGUAAAAAAUGCAAUGUAUAUGAAGUAUAGUACAAUGAAGUACAAUAAAACAGUGUGUGCCUAUAGUAUUAUCUGACAGUGGAUAUUUACUAUCUACAGAAACAUCUGAAUUGUACCAUUUGAUCUUGGCUUUAAAUUAAGUUGAUACCUUAACCACUUAGGUCCAAUUGUCUUCCUCUCUAUAGAAAUCGGCCCUCUCUGUCUAUGGGUUCUGCAUCUGUGGGUUCAACCAAUUGUGAAUCACAAAUAUAUAGAAAAAAAUAAAAUGUAUGGUUGCAACUGUACUGAA